AUGGCGACGGCAGAGUACAUUGGGGCGCUGAUCUCGCUCAUCAGCAAGUCGGACAUCCGGUACCAGGGGUUGCUGGCGUCGAUCAAUCCGGAGCAGGCGACGAUCGCGCUGGAAAAGGUGCGCUCGUGGGGCACCGAGGGGCGCGUGGCGGCGCAGGGGCGUGCGCAGGAAGAGAUCCCGCCCAGCGACCACGUGUACGAAUACAUCAUGUUCCGCGCAGCAGACGUCAAGGACCUCAAGAUCGACGACGCCAACCCACCCAAGCCGCCAGCACCGGCACAGCCGGCACUCAACGACCCCGCCAUCCUCAACUCGGGACCAGGCUACGGUGCGCCCGCAGGCAUGUACGGAGGCAUGAUGCCAGCUGCGCCGUACGGAGCUGGUGCUCCUGCACAGCGAUCGCCACAGCCACCGCAAACUGUCGCUCCGCCAGCAGCCUCGUCGUCCGCAUCCGCAUCCGCAUCGCAGCCGGCGUCUGGCGCGGGCAAGGCGGCACGCGCUUCUCCCGCAGCCGAAGCAGCACCCAAGUCGAGCGCCGACGCGGUGCUGGAGGAAAUGUCGAAGCUGAGCGUGUCGAAGCCCGCAGCAUCGUCGUCUCCGUCGUCGCUACCGGCUGCGCACGGCUUGCCUGCGAUCCCACGCGCGGCGGCGGCAGCGGCUGCAGCAGCGGCGCAAUCGGAGCGUCGCAACGGCGGCGGCGCGGGUGCAUCGCGUGGCGCGCAGCGCGAGCGCGUGGGCGGACCGAGCAUGCCCAACCGCGAGUUCGACUUUGAGUCGGCCAAUGCCAAGUUCCAGAAGCACGGCGCCGAGGGCGGGGACGAGGCGGCGGGCGGACUGCUGGAUGCCAUCCCCGCGCCCGCGUCGGACUCGGAGACGUUCUACGACAAGUCGGGCUUCUUUGACAACAUCUCGUCCGAGAUCAAGGAGCGCUAUGAGCGCAACCCGGCCAACGGCGGUGGUGCGGGUGAGGGUGGAGAGGCAGCGUCGUUCUUCGAUGCGCCCGCGGGACGCGGUGGACGCGGUCGGGGCGCGGGACGCGGAAGGGGGAGGGCGAAUAGGAUGGCCGAGGAGAUGAAAAACAUGCAGACGUUCGGCGACACGGGCGCGUCGUUUGGCGGCAGCGGCGGCCGUGGGCGAGGCCGUGGACGCGCAAGGGGCCGAGGCAGGGGCCGUGCCAACGACGGCUCCAACACAGCGCCCAUGCGCAUGGGAUGA